AUGAUUGAACAAGCAUAUCAUCCAAGUGUCUCCCAAAAGCUAGCUGGGAGUCUUCUAUCAUCAAGCAUGACACAUUUCCAUGCUUCUGACCAUAAUAUCCAACAACCAAAUCUAUAUCAUAACCGGUUUCAAAACAAAAACUACACAAAUGCCGCCUUUCAAUGCCCAACACAGCCACAUACUAGACUCCCCCUUGUGCUUGAACCAUCUCCUGUUUAUGUUCAAGCCCCAGCUGAAAAAGGGUUUGCAGGGUUCGCGAUUGAUUUCCUUAUGGGUGGAAUGUCUGCAGCUGUAUCAAAAACGGCUGCAGCCCCAAUUGAACGCAUUAAACUCUUGAUCCAGAACCAGGAUGAGAUGAUCAAAGCCGGCCGCUUGUCUCAUAAGUACAAUGGAAUUAGUGAUUGUUUUGGUCGAACCGUUAAAGAUGAAGGUGUUCUUUCAUUGUGGCGAGGAAACACUGCCAAUGUCAUUCGUUACUUCCCAACACAGGCUUUGAAUUUUGCAUUCAAAGAUUACUUCAAGAAGCUUUUUAACUUUAGGAAAGAUAGAGAUGGGUACUGGAAAUGGUUUGCGGGUAAUUUAGCAUCUGGAGGUGCUGCUGGUGCUUCUUCACUCUUUUUUGUUUAUUCGCUUGAUUACGCUAGAACCCGUUUGGCGAAUGAUGCAAAGGCUGCAAAGAAAGGAGGAGGAGGAAGGCAGUUUAAUGGUUUGGUUGAUGUCUACAAGCAGACAUUAGCCACUGAUGGUAUCGCUGGGCUUUAUCGCGGGUUUAACAUUUCGUGUGUUGGUAUAAUCGUCUAUCGUGGCUUGUACUUUGGCUUAUACGAUUCUUUGAAGCCGGUCCUUCUCACAGGAAAAUUGCAGGAUAAUUUCUUCGCAAGUUUUGCGCUUGGUUGGUUGAUCACCAAUGGUGCUGGACUUGCAUCGUAUCCGAUUGACACUGUAAGAAGAAGAAUGAUGAUGACAUCUGGUCAAGCAGUUAAGUACAAAAGUUCAAUGGAUGCAUUCACCCAAAUCUUGAAGAAUGAGGGACCAAAGUCAUUGUUCAAGGGUGCGGGCGCCAACAUUCUCCGAGCCGUUGCUGGUGCUGGUGUGCUAUCCGGUUACGACAAAUUGCAGCUGCUCAUCUUUGGCAAGAAGUAUGGAUCAGGUGGUGGCUAAGUAACAAAGGUGUAUGCCUAUUCCAAGAUUAUGGUGACGAAAAUUAUGAAUUCCUUAUAACUAAUUUUAUUGUAUUUAGUUUUAAUUAAUAAUGGAUUGGUUUUGGUAAAUAGGCCUUGUUGGGUAUUGAGGCUCAACAAUGAGUAUUUUACCUCCAAAUAUGAUAAUUCUGUUUUUUGUAUUUAUUAAGGCUACUUAGAACGA